UCAUGGCUCCUUCUCAUCCUCUUUCCAUCCUUUCCAUCGAGGAGACCAAUCUCGCCAGAGAGAUUGUGCUUGCUCACCACGACAAGGAGGUUAUUGAUUUUAGAGAAAUCUUUCUUCAGGAGCCUACCAAGGCGGAGUUGAUCAAGUAUCUGCAGCUUGAGCAUUCUGGUCGCUUGUCUCCUACUUCUGCUCGUCCGGCUCGUCUUGCAAAGUGCCAGUACGAUGUCAUUGGCCGGGACAGAAUUCCUUCUUACCAUGAGUGUGUGGUGGAUAUUGGAUCGAAGCAGAGAAUCAAGCAUGAGGAAUUCGAGGUUCUGGUGAGCGUCUGCAAGGCUGAUCCAAAGUUCAAGCAAGCCAUUGCUGAACUGAACAUUCCCGACUACUACGAAAUUGUCGUCGAGCCUUGGCCUUAUGGUGGUCUUGACGAAGAAGACGAGAGCCGUCGCUACUUCCAAGGCCUCAUAUUCGCUCAAGACACACGCAACGGCAAUGCCGACUCCAACUUUUACGCCUUCCCCCUCCCCCNNCUAAUCCCUGUUCUGGACAUCCACAAGAAGCAAAUCUGCCGUAUCGACAAACUGGCUACUGGCGGCAAGAACGACAGCUUCACCGCAAAAACUCACGCCGAAAAGAUUCUAGAGCACUGCACUACUGCCGAAUAUGUGCCAGAGCUUUUACCCCAAGGAUUGCGUCAAGAUCUCAAGACGCUGAAUGUCUUGCAGCCUGAUGGGCCCUCGUUCAAGGUUACUGAUGAGUCUUUGGUUGAGUGGCAGAAAUGGCGGUUCCGCGUGAGCUUCAACCCCAGAGAAGGCGCUGUCAUUCAUGAUGUCCAUUAUGAUGGCAGAAGUGUUGCUUACCGUCUCUCCGUCAGCGAAAUGACUGUUCCGUACGCUGAUGCCCGGCCACCUUUCCAACGCAAACAAGCCUUUGACUUUGGCGACGGUGGAGCUGGAAAUUGCGCCAACAACUUGUCUCUGGGCUGUGAUUGCUUGGGAGUCAUCAAAUACUUUGAUGCCGUGAUUGUCGACGACGACGGCAAGGGAAAAGUUCACCCCAAUGUUAUUUGCCUGCAUGAGCAAGAUGAAGGCAUUGGUUGGAAACACACAAACUGGCGUACUGGCCGUGCAGUGGUCACCCGCAGCAGAGUGCUGGUCGUUCAAUUCAUCAUCACCCUCGCCAACUACGAAUAUGUCUUUGCCUACAAAUUCGACCAGUCCGGAGGCAUAGAUAUCGAGACCAGAGCUACGGGAAUCGUCUCUUGCGUCAAUAUUGACGCCGGCAAAACCAGCAACUAUGGUAAUGUCGUCAACCCCGGCGUCCUCGCGCAAAACCAUCAACACAUUUUUGCUUUCCGCAUCGAUCCCGCCAUCGACGGGCACGCCAACACAGUCAUCACCGAAGAAUCACACCCGGUACCCAUGAACCCAAAAACCAACCCCCGCGGAAACUACUACGAAGUCCGCAAGACACCGGUCGAAAAGGCGUGCUGGGCGGAUGCCGAACCCCGUCUCAACCGCGUCUUCAAAAUCGUAAACGAGAGCAUCAAAAACCCCGUAUCUGGAAACUCUGUGGGCUACAAAUUGGUGCCGCCGGCUACACAGUUGUUGCUCGCAGACCCUGCUUCCGUGCAAGCCCAACGCGCGCAGUUUGCUCAACAUCACGUGUGGGUGACCAAAUACAAAGAGGACGAAUUGUUUGCUGGCGGCCGCUUUACCAUGCAAAGCCGCAAAGAGGUUGAUGGAGUGGCAGAUGCAGUUGCCCGUGGCGAUGCGACCAGAGACACUGAUGUAGUGAUCUGGAGUGUAUUUGGACUUACCCACAACCCUCGCGUCGAAGAUUGGCCAGUCAUGCCCUGCGAAAUCCAUCAGGUGCAUUUGCGACCUACGGAUUUCUUUACGGCUAAUCCCAGUAUCGAUGUGCCGCCGAGCAGCAACAAGGCUUCGGUCGAGGUGCCAAAGAGCUGUUGUCAACCUGCACAGGGAAAGCUG